UUGCCCUUAUAAGCCAUACUCAGUUUUACUUUUGCUGAUAAAAAGUCUUUCAGUUUGGGAAUCUGUCCAUACAGUUAAGUUUCACAGGAGGCAGAGAGUGAAAUGAGGAAGAAGACUGAUGCUGCUGCUUGUUAUUAGAGCUAUUUUUGGCAUUUAUAGUUGCUGAUGUUUUGUUUAUGCACAGUAAACUUUAAACAUCGAGGCAUUUUUGGAUGUUGUAAUGAAAACAGGGAAGGAGAAGUUGGGCAUUUCACCAUCUGCUUCAAAACAGAAGAUAAAAAAGGAGAGGCGCUUUUCAAUCUUGACAGGUUUAACUUAGUCAAAAGUGUGUAAAUCUGCAGCAUGUGGAGUUUUCUGCCUCUCCUCUGGUCCUGGAUCAGUAUCGCUGGUGUCGCAAGUGUUCCAGAUAAACUUUCCGGACACAGAGGACAGAGAUUUGACAUCAAAUGUAGAUAUAAUUCUGGAUAUGAGUCGAACGUCAAAUAUUUUUGUAAGGGCAAGUGCCAUUAUGGAAAUAAAGAGAUUGUAGCCCAUUCAGGAACUCCAGCAAAAGACGAGAGAUUCUCUCUGACUGACGAUACCACAAACAACGUUUUCACCAUCACCAUCACUGAUCUGAGAACAGAGGAUGCAGGAACAUACUGGUGUGCUGUGGAGAGGGUUUUGUUACCGGAUGUCUACUCAGAGAUUGAGUUGCUGGUUGAACAGGAAGAUGCACAAACUCCUUUACCACAAAGAUCCAGAUCUGACUCGGAUUCAAUCAUUGCCAUCGUAUCUUCAGGAGUUUCGGUUUUGCUUCUGACCGGUGCUGUAUUAUUUACUGUGAUCAUACAAAAGAAAAAGAAGACUUGUGGUCCGGUGUCCUCCACCACUGAAGCUCUUGAUCUGACAUUAAGAAAUGGAGAAGAAAACGAAUAUGAGAAAGAAAACCCAACAGUGCUGCCAAACACACACACAGCUCAAAGUGUAAACCGUUCAGCAGAAAACAGCCUUCCCAGAGCAGAAAACACACACGUUUUCUAUAUCAACACUCCAGAUCAGAUGUACACGGAGCUGAACACCAGACAGACUGACCUGUAUCACAGUCUUACCACUGAUUCUGCUCAACACGAGUCCAUCUAUCACAGUAUUUGACCAAAAAAUA